CCUUCUGCUCCUCCUUCUGUGAACCUUCUCUUUCUCUCUCUCACAAACCGACUUUCUCUCUCUAAGCACUCACAUUCAUUCUUUGCUUCCUCCUUUAAAUUCACGAGAUCCCCAUCUCGCUUUCUCUCUCUAUCCCCCCGUCGAUGCAUUGGCCUGUCAUUGGUCGUCUCCGACUUCCAACUUCGUCGCCGUUGCUCCAUUUGAAGGACAUUGUUGCUACUCUCCGGCCGGAGAAAAACCCUAAGGAGAGUGAGAUUCGUCGACACCUAUUUGGGUUUUUUUCCAUUUUUUGAGAAAAUGUCGCAGAAACCCACUAGAGACUCUGCCUCCGACGGUCUCCCGGAUCGGCUCUGUGACUCAGUGAGUUCCGAUUUCAACAAGCCCGAUUUCCGAGAACUCGAUCUCGGCUCACCCGUUUCCCCGCUACGGACUCGACCGGGUGGACUCGCCGCCGCGGCCGUCACUACCAGUAGCAGCAGUGCGAGCUCGGCGGGAUCUGUAUCGGGUCGGGUCGGUCCCAACUCUGCCACCAGAAGACCCGAUUCGGGUCGGAGCACUCACUCCGGCGAUCUAUCUGGCUCGAGUGAGAGCAGCCCAAAGGCCGCGGCGAUUCGGAAUCCAAGACCGAGUCAGACCAGAUCAGAUUCGGGCACGACUCAGCCGCUAAUCUACUCGGGACAAAGCUCUUCCGCUACAUCUCCGGCGAUCAAUGUGCUUCCCGCCGGGAACAUUUUGCCGCCGGGAAGAGUGUUGAAGACGGGCAUGGCGACGAGCCGGAGCACAAGAACGGACGUUCUCGGAUCUGGGACGGGCACUUAUGGACACGGAAGCAUAAUGCGAGGCACCGGUAGCAGCGUCUCCGCCGCAAAACCCAGCUCUAGCGGCGGAGCCGGAGGAUCUCCGGGACACAUUUCGGGCUCUCCAGCAACUGUCGGCAGCCCGAGCAGAGGAGGAUCCUCUGGAGACCUGUUGAUGAAGAAAGCAAUCUCGAGUUCGGAUUCGGAAGAAGUGAAGAGGAUAGGGAACGAAAUGUACAAGAAGGGUAACUUUGUUGAUGCAUUGAGAUUGUAUGACAGGGCAAUUGUCUUAUCGCCAAGAAAUGCAGCUUGCCGAGGCAACCGGGCAGCGGCAUUGAUGGGUUUGAAGCGUAUAGGGGAGGCCAUUAAAGAGUGUGAAGAAGCUUUGAGAUUGGAUCCUAACUACGGGAGGGCUCACCAGCGGUUGGCCUCAUUGUUUAUUAGGAUGGGCCAAGUUGAAAGUGCGAGUAAUCACCUCCGUUUUCUUGGGAAUCAAUCGGAUCCUACAGAGUCGCAGAAGGUUCAGGCAAUAGACGCACACUUAAACAAAUGUACAGAUGCCCGGAAACGCGGUGACUGGAGAACUGUGCUGAAGGAAGUUGAUGCUGCUAUUGCUUGUGGAGCCGACUUUUCGCCUCAUCUAGUUUUGUGUAAAGUGGAAGCACUUGUGAAGCUUAACAAGCUUGAUGACGCUAGAAUAACGCUAUCAGAAGUUCCCAUAGUAGAGCCUUUCCCUGCUUCUUGCUCACAAAAUCGAUUUUCUGGGAUGAUCUGUGAAGCUUAUACAUAUUUUGUCAAAUCCCAAAUCGAGAUGGCACUAGGAAGGUUUGAGGGUGCAGUUACAGCUGCAGAGAAAGCUAGUCAAAGAGAUCCACGAAACAAUGAAGUUUCUAUGUUGGUAAAUAGCGUUACAUUAGUUGCUAGGGCACGUACUCGUGGCAACGAACUCUAUAAAUCGGAAAGAUAUACAGAAGCAUGUUCAGCUUAUGAAGAAGGUCUUAGGCUCGAUCCUUCCAAUGCGGUUUUGUAUUGUAAUCGGGCAGCUUGCUGGUUUAAACUCGGCAUGUGGGAACACACCAUUGAAGAUUGUAACCAAGCACUGCAUAUCCAACCAAAGUACACAAAGCCAUUGCUCCGAAGAGCUGCCUCUUACAGAAAGUUGGAAAAAUGGGCAGAUGCGGUGAGGGAUUACGAGGCCUUAAGGAGAGAACUACCCGAUGAUAAGGAAGUUGCUGAGUCUUUGUUUCAUGCUCAAGUCGCCCUAAGAAAAUCUCGAGGGGAAGAAGUUUCCAACAUGAAAUUCGGUGGCGAAGUUGAGGAAGUUUCCAGUCUUGAACAGUUUAGAGCUGCAGUAUCUUUGCCAGGAGUUUCGGUCGUGCAUUUUCUGAAGGCCUCAGAUUCGAGAUGCAAGGAGAUAUCUCCGUUCGUGGACACACUAUGUACCCGAUACCCAUCUGUAAACUUCUUCCAGGUGGAUAUCGAUAAAUGCCCUGAGAUAACAAGCGCCGAGAAUGUGAGGGUAGUGCCGACAUUCAAGAUACACAAGAACGGAAUCCGGGCAAAGGAGAUUAUCUGCCCUAACCGUGAAGUAUUAGAGUACUCGGUGAGGCACUACAACAGCCUUUCCCUUUAGAAACUCGAAAACUCAGAAAAACCAAAGACGAUCACUUUCUUGUUUGGCUUCGAGAGCUCAUCC